UAUUAUAGAGCAAGCCUGCUCCCAUAAAUACUUUAGCACACCAAACGUUCGCUCGUUUCUCUUUACACACCAGCGUCCGGCGUAUUGACUGACGGAAUAUUUCCAAGGUGCAUAGAUUUGCAAAUACUAGAAAAUUUGGUUACAGUUAUCGAUCAGAUAGCUCCAAGAGGGCUCGUGUAAACCUUGUUGACUUACAUCCCAGCAAAUCUGACGAUUGAGGCCAAUCGUAUGGUCAAUUUCAAAGAACACUUGGACAAGGUAGCGAACGGGACCCUUUUUCUCAAAUAUGCACCCAGUUCUACAGACAUAGCGAUUCUAACCUGUUGAUGUCACGUGAUUCAGUGGUGGGUGAUGGUGUUGGAACAUGCCGUUUAUCCCUAGUUCCUCCAGCGAUAGAUAUACGUCAUAUGAUCUUGCAAUCAGAAGGAUAAUUAGUACGUUUUUUGCUAAACUUUUAAUUAAAUGAACUCCUUAGGAAUAGAAACAGGGAGAUCCUAAGUGCAGAGUUUCCGUGAAUUCUCUCUCGUGCAAUUUCCAAGAUGGUUUUGGUGCAAAUACUGGCCUGUUUGUUCGCGUGUACUGGAGCUGUUAUUAGGGGCAAUACAGCUAUGAAAGAUUUUACAAGAACCGAACUGAUAUCUUUGAUCGAAGAGAAGAUUGGGAAUUCUCCGCCCAAUUUUAACGACGAUUUUGCAACUACAGUGGAAUGCCAACUUGCUAUUGACAGCUUCGACUCAGUUAAUGAGGUGGACAUGGAUUUCACGGUGAGCAUCAUGCUUCAUUUAAAUUGGAAUGAUACUCGCUUUAUAACCUGGACGUCCGGAUAUGACGACACGUUCGUCUUAGAAUUCGACUCCAAGAGACUGGACAACAUCUGGACGCCUGACUUGUUCUUUCCUAACGAAAAAAGUGCAUUCAUUCACAAAGUAUUCAUGCCCAACAAAAUGCUGCGGGUUUACACCAAUGGAAAAAUAACAUAUACAGUCAGACUAUCAUUGACGCUUAGUUGUCCCAUGGACCUCAGAAACUAUCCUUUUGAUAAACAAGUGUGCAGGAUCGAAAUGGAGAGCUUUAGUUACAACGAAGAUAAUAUAAUUCUGGAGUGGGUGGGGACUGAUCGCCCUGACCUUGCAAACAUGACCCAAAUGCCUGAGGGUGCCGUGCCUGUGGAGAUCAGCGACAACAUUGAAAUGAACCAGUUCCGGGUCGUAGAAAAGAGAACAUUAAAAACAUUAAACGAGCGCCGAGGAGCAGGAAAUCAUAGUCUCCUUCAAGCUGAAUUUCAUCUUGUGAGAGACAUAGGAUAUUAUCUUGUUCAAAUGUACAUUCCCAGCAUGCUGAUCGUCAUGCUGUCCUGGAUCUCGUUUUGGCUUAACGUGAAUGCCGUGCCCGGGCGAAUUUCCCUUGGUGUGUUGACAGUCCUAACUAUGACCCAACAAAGUUCUACCGUCAAUGCCACCCUCCCCCGGGUCUCUUACACAAAAGCCAUUGAUAUCUGGAUGUCCAUGUGUCUAGUCUUUGUAUUUGCGGCUCUUAUUGAGUUUGCUGUAGCUAACGUACUUGCAAGAAAGGACACCAACAAAGGAUUUGGUUUCAAGAAAUUGUUUCUGUUACCGACUCUGAGUGAGCAAAGAAAGAAACGAAAAGGCUCUGGGGUUUUGGUGGACGACAGAGGCCUUAUGCGACUGGAUCCGGAAAUGGACCCGACUCUUGUCCAAAAACACCGAGAACUUUCCGGAUUGCUACACGCAAUGUAUUUAGACGUGGCCUGUCGCUUCCUGUUUCCGAUCUGCUUUGGAGUGUUUAACCUUGUGUAUUGGACAAUAUAUACAGCCGACAAUUUUCACAACCACGGUUAAUAGAUCUGGACAAAAAAAACCCAAAAUCUGAUAAAUAACAAUAUUCAUAAUCAUAAACAUUGUUUUUCCAAUCGUUAACUCUGUCAUUUCCCUAGAUGGAGUUCUUCAAGGCUUAGAACAUCAAGCCAAGACGUAUUGUUUAUGACAUUGACUUUACCAUAACGAUGUUAAAAAUGGGCAAACAAUUUUAUGGACAUAAGAAAAAGCACACUAUAUUCACGCAUCGAUCAUGUUGAUGAGGAGGAAAGGUUCCGAAUUAUCAUAGUGGUAUUAUCAAGCAGAUUACAUUCCAUGAAUUUUUACGAUCGAAUUUGUUAUUUAAAAGCUCAAGUGUGUAAAAAUAUGUGUGUCUUGUUGCUGAAAUGAUAUAAAAAUCAUAAAUUGUUCCCAGGAUAAACUUAAUUAAGCAUCGCACUAGCGUGAUUUUUUUCUGUUUGUUUUUCUGUAUUUCUAAUUAUGCAAAACGUCCAUUUGGUCAUGUGCUUCCGUUCAGUGUCAUGUUGAUUUCUGUGAUAAAAAUGAAGACGAGUAACAUACAUCAGUGAUAACUUCUAUGUCCAUCAUUGUGAUACGUGCACAAAAAGCAGGUCAUCAACUUUAUGACAACGUUUGUAUGCUUUUAUGAUCUGACAAGAUUAAUUGAUUAUUUAUUGUUAACUCUUGCUCAUGUAUUUAAAAAAGUUCCGAUGCAUUUGAAUGUUAUGUCUUAGCUAAAUUCAAUAAAAAUUGAAUUUCAGUCAAUUUUAAUUUUGCUUAGACGAAUGCAAAAAUCUUUGAUAUCACAAUGUGAUUGAUCAAUCAGAAGAAUGAAAGAAUACAAUUUGAAUAUUUGAUGUUUAACAUUUUUGUGGAAUAAUCUUUGAAACUUUUGCAUGAAAACUCACCGUUAAUAAAAGCAAAAGGGGGCAAGAAUUUCAUGCACUUAAUCAACAUGAUGACAGCUUAACUUAGUUUUUCAAUUAUGUUUUUUUUUAAAUCAUGUUUUGGUUGUUUAAAUCUUAUUUAUUAAAUAAAAUCACCGGUACAAA